AUGCCACAUAUGGUAACUGUGCCGUCGUCAUCACUGCCACGAUCACAACUUCUAACAAGCGUUAACAAAAAUUAUAAGAUUUGUAAUCGUAAUUAUUUAACGGCUAAGGUCAAAUGGACUUGCGAACUCUGUGGCAAGAAACUUUCGUCUAAACGUUCAUACGACGAACAUUUUAAUGUACACACAAAUUUAAGGCCAUUCGCUUGUACUCACUGUGGAUAUGCAGCUGCAAGUCAAAUGACUCUUAGGCGCCAUACUCUACGAAAUCACGUACCUCGACAAGCGUGGGGUUAUCAGUGCCCUUAUUGCAAUGAGAUGUAUAUGGAACCUGCUAGCUAUCAGCAACAUAUUGGGUCGCGCCAUUUUGGGCUUUCAGCAACAUUUGGCUGUCCUCUUCGGAAAUGUACAUUUGCUACAUGCUCAUCCGCAUUCUUUCGUGAGCAUUUGGAAAAGCACUGUAAUAUAUCACCUGAUAUAUAUGAGGAAGCUAAAUAUAAGCUGUUCAAAUUUGCUAUUGAUGAUAAGUUUGGUGUUGGCCAUGGGUGCCGAUCUAUUGAUAUCCGUCGAAUGGAGGUUAUGCAAGAAUUGGAUUCUCUUCAAAAUGAUAGGGAAUACAUGAAAACUCCAUUGGUGACUCCAAAGAUUGAGCAGAAUAAAAAAGAAACAUUGCACAAACCAACAUCGGUUUAUGCUUGCAAAAGAUCAGACAACGUAUUGUUCGAGCCAGAGGAACUGGAUUUUUUGAAUGAUGGUAUAAACUGUAAAGAAUAUGUAAUAAGCAGCUUUCUUGACUGCAUUGAUGGAGGUAUGAUAGAACCAGAACUUGAUUAG